CUAAUAUCCCUCAGUUCGAUAUCAACAAGCUGCCAGCACCCAGACAUUGUCAAGAAUGUGCUCGACGUAGAUAAAGAACUGAAGCCAGAUUUCGUUAGCCGGAGUAUAGAGGUACAGGGUAGUAAUCUUAUAACAACAUUUGAAGCCGUAUCGCUCAGGACACUUCGGACAUCAACAAACGCAUUCCUAGACAAUCUGAAAUUGGUGAUACAAGCAAUAGACACUUUCGAUGCACCAAACUACAGGCCGACAGACGUACCAGAGAUCAAGGAGGGCUCUAAAGAGCGCGACAGACACGGUGUAGAAUCAAAGUAA